AUGUUUUGCAAAUCACAGUUACUCGGGGCUGCUUGUCUCCUAGGUGGCGGGAUUUUUUCUUCUCUGGUUCAAUCCCACUUGGAAGUAUUUAAUCGCUGGAUUCAUGUCGAGAAGGAAUAUGACCAAGAUAUGAAGCCUCCAGAUCGCGUCAUUCGAUUGGCUAAAUCAGUCUUUGACAAGAUGCAUAUCCCAGAACCGAUAAGCAACAAAAUUGAUUUCUUUUUAACAAAAAACGCCGAAUCAAUUGCUAUUGGUACAUUGCGGGUGUCUGACAGUGCGGACUUCAAAGGCUACGCAUUUAUUGGUUUGCCUUGUUUUUGUGGGUAUGAGCAGACUGAAGAUAUCCCUCUUGAAGACCUUCAAUUUUCCUCGUUAGUUUUCCUACUUAUUGCCCUUAAGCCUCUAUUUCCUUUCACGAUGCUCUCUGAGCAAGCCAAAAGGCGAUUGGAUUUGAUGUGCAUAUCGGAUGCAGCUUUGGAGUUUCUUAUUGCUCGUGAAGUUGCCGCAUUACUUGGCUCCAGCAAAUUGGCCGAUUUUUGUCAGCAGGCUUCAUCAUAUGGUGAACAGACGUUAGGAACCUUCCUUUCACCUCGGGCUGUCUCCCAUAUUUCCCGUUUAUCCUUUAUUGGCACCCUUUAUGUUGCUUAUCAGGUAUGCUUCGGACUCAACCGUCUGUUAGGCCUACAUUCUGCCGUCUCUCGAUCUGCCAGAGGUAUGGUCUACAUCGGUGUAACAGCCUUACUUCUAAUCUGUCAGCAUCAACUCUUAGUCGCAUGGCGUCACUUCCGUGCUUUGUCUCUCGACGCAGCUGUUGCCGGUUGCCAUUCUAGUCUCCGAAAUGGUGGUAUAGAAUACUACUCCUGGCGGAGAGAAUGGAACGCUUUCUGGACUGUAAGCAUUCUUCCCUCUGCACGCAAAGCCAUGUUGACUCUAGCCAAUGUUACCAGAGGUUCUCUAGGCGAGGAUGGGGAGCAAAUGUCUUCUGUCCUAAAAUAUCAGAUACAGCGCACUCUCAACGGGUGUGAUUCGGAAGAUCAGUACUACAUUCCUGCGUCUGUAGAGCAGUGCUUUGAAAAGAAGACUGGCCUUAGACUUGAUGAUUGCAAUCCAUCCUACCUCUUAGCCUACCGACUACCCACGUAUGAUGUGAAUACUCAAAAGGGGGAUGAGAAAUUUGUAUCGGACGGGGAUGUGCUUAGAUUUAACAUGGGGGGCUUGUUAGCAUUCGGUGCGGUACCUCGAUGGUUGGCUUCCAUUUAUCAGGUCUUCUCUUUUCCUGCCACUUGCGGACAGCGCAAGGCUGCUCUUGAGAGGAAGAGCGAGAAGACAUUGUAG